GAUAAAGAGGGUGUUCCCUGUCUUAUUGCACCCCCUCCAACCAUUUCCGCGAUUUUUGGUGCCGGGGACUUCACCCUGUCUCUCCUCCCUCCCCCCGUUCCUCAAUUUCCGUCAGCGCUCGCUCUUUCGCCCGAGCCCUGAUUCGGAAGAACUCGGCAGGGUUCCGACCUUCCCCCAGAGCCGCUCGGUACUUUUCGGAACCGCUCGGAAGAGGCUCGGCUCGUUCCGCCGGCCCUUGUUGUGCUGGGCCUGCGAGGUCCCCUACAGCGGCCAGGCGCAGGCCCGGCUGGGCCUCGCCGUCUCUCCCCGCCUUCCCCGCCCCGUUCACCAUGGCGGCCUUCGGCAUCCUCAGCUACGAGCACCGGCCUCUCAAGCGGCCGCGCCUGGGUCCUCCUGACGUCUACCCGCAGGACCCCAAACAGAAGGAGGAUGAGUUGACAGCUCUGAAUGUGAAGCAGGGUUUCAACAACCAGCCGGCUGUCUCUGGGGAUGAGCAUGGUAGUGCCAAAAAUGUCAACUUCAAUCCUGCCAAGAUCAGUUCAAACUUCAGUAGUAUUAUUGCUGAGAAACUGCGCUGCAACACACUGCCUGACACAGGCCGUCGGAAACCCCAGGUGAACCAAAAGGAUAGCUUCUGGCUGGUCACUGCACGCUCGCAGAGUGCUAUCAACAAUUGGUUCAAUGAUCUGGCUGGGACCAAGCCACUCACUCACCUUGCUAAAAAGGUGCCCAUCUUCAGCAAGAAGGAGGAGGUCUUUGGUUACCUGGCAAAGUAUACUGUGCCUGUGAUGAGAGCAGCCUGGCUGAUCAAGAUGACCUGCGCCUACUAUGCGGCCAUCACUGAAACCAAGGUGAAGAAACGGCACGUCAUCGACCCAUUCAGUGAGUGGACCCAGAUCAUCACCAAGUAUCUGUGGGAGCAGCUGCAGAAGAUUGCCGAGUUCUAUCGGCAGUUGUUGGGGCAAGCCACUGGGUCUCCCUCUGGUCCUAUGCCCCAGGAGGUAGAGCAUGCUCUGAAGCAGUGGGACUACAAUGAAAAGCUAGCUAUGUUCAUGUUCCAGGAUGGGAUGCUGGACCGGCAUGAGUUCCUGACUUGGGUACUUGAAUGCUUUGAGAAGAUUCGACCAGGGGAGGAUGAACUUUUAAAGCUUCUCUUGCCCCUGUUGCUGCAGUAUUCUGGGGAAUUUGUGCAGUCUGCUUACUUGUCCAGGCGCUUGGCCUACUUCUGCACCCGGCGUCUUGCCUUGCUGCUGGAUGGCCCUGGGGGGCACCCUCCCCACCAUCUCUCCACACAAGCGGGCAGUGCACUCCCUUCCACACCUACACCUCAACCUGCUGCGGGGAAUCCACCCCCCAGCCCCUUCAGUGACUUGCUUCUGUGUCCCCAGCACCGCCCGGUGGUGUUUGGGCUCAGCUGCAUCCUCCAGAGUAUUGUCCUGUGUUGUCCAAGUGCUCUGGUCUGGCAUUACUCCCUCACUGACAGCAGGAUCAAAACUGGUUCUCCACUCGACCACCUGCCUAUUGCCCCUUCCAAUCUGCCCAUGCCUGGGGCCAAUUCAGCUUUCAUGCAGCAGGUUCGAGCCAAGCUCCGGGAGAUUGAGCAACAGAUAAAGGAGCGGGGCCAGGCAGUGGAGGUGCGCUGGUCCUUUGACAAAUGCCAAGAAACCACUGCAGGAUUCACAAUUGGCCGGGUGCUGCACACCUUGGAAGUCCUAGACAGUCAUAGUUUUGAGAGAUCAGACUUCAGCAACUCUUUGGAUUCCUUGUACAACAGAAUAUUUGGCUUGGGACUGAACAAAGACAGCCAUGAGAUCACUCCUGAUGACGAUGCCGUGGUGGCCCUGUUGUGUGAGUGGGCUGUCAGUCACAAACGGUCUGGGCGCCACAGGGCCAUGGUCGUGGCCAAGCUGCUGGAGAAGCGGCAGUCGGAGAUCGAGGCAGAGAGAUGUGGUGACUCAGAAGUGGUGGAUGAGAAGGGCUCCAUCUCGUCAGGCUCCCUGUCAGCAGUCAGCGCUCCUGUCUUUCAAGAUGUCCUAAUGCAGUUCUUGGACACCCAGGCUCCCGUAUUAAGCGACCCCAGCAAUGAGAACGAGAAGGUGGAAUUCUUCAACCUGGUCUUGCUGUUCUGCGAACUCAUCAGGCACGACGUCUUCUCGCACAACAUGUACAUGUGCACAUUAAUCUCCCGUGGGGACCUGGCCCUGGAUGUUCACGGCCCCCGGCCCCCUUCGCCGUUCGAUGACACCACUGAGGAACAUGACAGGAAGGAGGGAGAAGGCAACAGCAGCAUCAAACUAGAGGAUAUGGGCCUGUCGGAGUGCCAGAUGGACAUUGACCAGAGCUCCAGUGUGAUUUUUGAUGAUGUGGAGAAGACAGAUUUCUCGAUGUUUUCUCCUCCCAUGCAUUGCGAAUCCAAGGCCAGCCCUUCCCCUGAGAAACUGGAUUCCGAGAAGGAGAGCAAACCUCUUGCCCUUCUGAAAGACAGGAUUGCAGAUGGAAUGCUGGCCUCACUCUACGAACAGCCACGCCACAUCCAGUACUCCACACACUUCCCCAUCCCUCAGGAGGAAUCAAGUAGUCAUGAGUGUAAUCAGCGGCUGGUGGUCCUCUAUGGUGUUGGGAAGCAGCGUGACGAGGCUCGGCAUGCCAUCAAGAAGAUUACCAAAGACAUCCUGAAAGUGUUGAACAGGAAGAGCACAGCAGAGACAGGGGGAGAGGAAGGUCAAAAGAGGAAGAGGAAUAAGCCGGAAGCCUUCCCAACUGCAGAAGACAUCUUUGCUAAAUUCCAACACCUUUCUCACUUUGACCAGCACCUUGUCACCUCUCAGGUAUCUCGCAAUGUCUUGGAGCAGAUCACCAGCUUUGCCUUAGGGAUGUCAUACCACCUGCCUCUGGUGCAGCAUGUCCAGUUCAUCUUUGAUCUGAUGGAGUAUUCACUCAACAUCAGUGGGCUUAUUGACUUUGCUAUCCAGUUACUGAAUGAGCUGAGUGUGGUGGAGGCUGAGUUGCUGCUGAAAUCCUCUGACCUGGUGGGAAGUUACACCACGAGUCUGUGCCUCUGCAUUGUGGCUGUGUUGCGGCACUAUCAUUCCUGCCUUAUUCUCAACCAGGACCAGAUGGCCCAAGUCUUUGAAGGGCUAUGUGGGGUGGUUAAGCAUGGCAUGAACCGCUCGGAUGGGUCUUCUGCAGAGCGCUGCAUACUAGCUUACCUUUAUGACCUGUACACGUCCUGCAGUCACCUCAAGAGUAAAUUUGGAGAGCUCUUCAGUGACUUCUGCUCCAAGGUGAAGAAUACAAUCUACUGCAAUGUGGAGCCAUCCGACUCAAACAUGCUGUGGGAGCCUUUGUUCAUGAUUGACACCAUCGAGAACCCGUCGGCGCACAACUUCACGUACACCAACCUAGGCAAGAGCCUCACAGACAACCCAGCCAACCGCUACAGCUUCGUGUGCAAUGCACUCAUGCAUGUAUGUGUUGGGCACCAUGACCCUGAUCGGGUCAAUGACAUUGCAAUCCUGUGUGCCGAGCUGACGGGCUAUUGCAAGUCACUCAGUGCCGAGUGGCUGGGUGUGCUGAAAGCUUUGUGCUGCUCCUCCAAUAACGGGACCUGUGGCUUCAACGAUCUCCUCUGCAAUGUGGACGUGAGUGAUCUGUCUUUCCAUGACUCCCUUGCCACAUUUGUGGCCAUCCUGAUUGCUCGCCAGUGUCUUCUUCUCGAGGACCUGAUCCGCUGUGCUGCCAUCCCCUCGCUGCUCAAUGCUGCCUGCAGCGAGCAGGACUCUGAGCCUGGAGCCCGUCUGACUUGCCGGAUCCUGCUGCAUCUUUUCAAGACGCCACAGCUGAACCCAUGCCAGCAGGAUAGCAGUAAGCCUUCGGUGGGCAUUCGCUCUUCCUGUGAUCGGCACUUGCUGGCCGCUUCCCAGAACCGGAUCGUGGAUGGUGCUGUGUUUGCUGUCUUGAAAGCUGUCUUCGUGCUGGGUGAUGCUGAACUAAAGGGCUCAGGUUUUUCCCACCCGGGAGGGGUGGAUGACCUCAUGGAAGAUGACAAGAAGCCCGCAAGCCGGAUGGUUUCCAUAGAGACAGCCAGCCUAGAUGUUUACGCCAAGUAUGUCUUAAGGAGCAUCUGCCAGCAGGAGUGGGUAGGCGAGAGGUGCCUGAAAUCUCUUUGUGAAGACAGCAAUGACCUGCAGGAUCCUGUUCUGAGCAGUACCCAGGCCCAAAGACUGAUGCAGCUGAUCUGUUACCCACACCGGUUGCUUGACAAUGAGGAGGGCGAGAAUCCCCAGCGGCAAAGGAUCAAGCGCAUUUUACAGAACCUGGACCAGUGGACCAUGCGGCAGUCGCUUCUCGAGCUUCAGCUGAUGAUCAAGCAGACAUCAAAUAAUCAGGAAAUGAACUCUCUGCUGGAAAAUAUUGCCAAGGCAACCAUCGAGGUGUUCCAGCAGUCGGCAGAGACCAGCUCUGCCAGCAACGGCAUUGUCAGCAUUGCCAGCUCUACCAGUGUGGUGCCGCCCAGCACCAAGGCCAAGCCCAUUCUCAGCUCCCUGGAGAGAUCGGGCGUGUGGCUGGUGGCCCCUCUUAUCGCCAAGCUCCCCACCUCCGUGCAAGGCUAUGUGCUGAAAGCUGCAGGAGAUGAGCUGGAGAAAGGGCAGCAUCUGGGCUCUUCGUCUCGCAAAGAGCGAGACCGCCAGAAGCAGAAAAGCAUGUCCCUGCUGAGCCAGCAGCCUUUCCUGUCCCUGGUGCUGACAUGCCUGAAAGGGCAGGAUGAGCAGCGGGAAGGCCUCCUCACCUCUUUGUACAGCCAAGUCCAACAGAUUGUGACCAACUGGCGAGAAGACCAGUACCAGGACGAUUGCAAGGCCAAGCAGCUGAUGCAUGAAGCCCUGAAAUUGCGACUUAAUCUGGUGGGAGGCAUGUUUGACACAGUGCAGCGCAGCACCCAGCAGACCACCGAGUGGGCUGUACUUCUCCUGGACAUCAUCAGCAGUGGCACUGUUGACAUGCAGUCCAACAAUGAGCUCUUCACCACAGUCUUGGACAUGCUGAGUGUGCUCAUCAAUGGCACGCUGGCCGCAGACAUGUCCAGCAUCUCACAGGGUAGUAUGGAGGAGAACAAGCGUGCCUACAUGAACCUAGUUAAGAAGCUUCGGAAGGAGCUGGGUGACCGUCAGUCUGACAGUCUAGAGAAGGUUCGCCAGCUGCUUCCCCUGCCCAAGCAAACUCGGGAUGUGAUCACCUGUGAGCCUCAGGGCUCCCUCAUUGACACCAAAGGCAACAAGAUCGCUGGCUUUGACUCCAUUUUCAAGAAGGAGGGUUUGCAGGUAUCCACCAAGCAGAAGAUUUCUCCCUGGGACUUGUUUGAAGGCCUGAAGCAUUCUGCCCCACUGUCUUGGGGCUGGUUUGGAACAGUGCGGGUGGAUCGCAAGGUGUCCCGCUUUGAGGAGCAACAGAGGCUGCUUCUGUAUCACACACACUUGAAGCCUAAACCCCGCAGCUAUUACCUGGAGCCCCUCCCCCUGCCCCCUGAGGAGGAAGAGCCCCCCACGCCUGUGGCCCUGGAGCCCGAAAAGAAGGCGGUCGAGCCAGUCAAGGUGGAGAAAGCCAGCAACAACUCCUCCAGCUCCUCUGCAGAACCCAAGAAAAAGCCGAGCAAGAACAAGAAACGGGCCCAAACCGCCAGCAAGAAUGAGGACUAUAUGAUGAGCACAAGUCGAGGAGUCUCUUACGCUGGCGGCAUGCCCACGGAGCUUCUGCACCAUCAGACUGGGAACUCCAUGUCUCGGCUGGCCUUUGGGCAGUCGCCGGUGGGCCUCUACGCCCAGAACCAGCCUCUGCCAGCAGGUGGUCCUCGGCUGGAUACCUCUUACCGGCCUGUUCGCAUGCCACUGGGCAAACUGGUUCCAAGCCGCCCACCCUACACUGGGGUCUUGCCAUCAGGCAUGGGUGGUAUGAUGGGAAUUGAUCCUCCGUACAAGCCAGGUGUCUACAGACAGCCGUCGCCUCAAGGGCAGCUCCUUCGUCAACAGCUGCAGGCCAAACUGAGCCAGGGGAUGCUGGGGCAGCCGCCCAUACGCCAGAUGGCUCCAGCCACAGCCUAUGGAGCUGUGCAGCCGUCACAGGGCUAUACUCCUUAUGUUUCCCACAUUGGCCUCCAGCAGCACCCCUCCCAGUCCAGCACCAUGGUCCCCCCAGCCUAUUCAAGCCAGACCUAUCAGAACACACAUCCAACCUCAAAUCCUGCCUUCAUUGACCCCGCCAGGCCAAUGCAGAGACCCAGUGGAUAUGUGCAUCAGCAAGCCCCUGGGUACGGACACACCCUCAGCACAGCACAAAGGUUUCCUCACCAGUCACUGCAGCAAGCUCCCAUGAUGAGUGGGAUAAACCACAUGAGCUCACAGGGUGUCCCCUCAGGGAUUCGGCCCAGCCAGCUCCUGCCAGAUCAGCAGCAGCAACAGCAGCAAUAUCUGAGGCAGCAGCAGCAGCAGCAGAUGCUGAGGCAGCAGCAACAGCAGCAGCAGCAGCAGCAGCAGCAACCACAACAGCAGCCAUCACAGCCUCCACCACAGCAACCCCAGCAGCAGCCACAGGUGCCUGCCGUCCCUCAGCCACAAGCACAGGGCCAGCCUCCUGGGCUGGGGAUGCAGGCACUCGCUCCUCAGCAGCCUAUGUUCCAGCGGCAGGGCCUCCAGCAGACACAACAGCAGCAGCAGACAGCUGCCUUGGUCCGGCAGCUCCAGCAGCAGCUUUCCAAUACACAGCCCCAGCAGAACAGCAACCCCUUCGGACGAUACUGAUGCCCAGCAAGGAGAGAGGUUUUGGUGUGGACUUGAGAUGGUCUCUGCCCAGCUGCGGUCAGCCCACCCUCCCUGGGGCACUUGCGCCACAGCAGUGCCCCGGCAACGGGUGUGUGUGUACAUGGGGGGUGUUAUCGCGCCGAAUGAGUGUUUUUAAUCUCCAUUUUCUACCAGUGUUUCCAAAAUCCGUGUGAUUGCUAGAGUCUCCCUGCCCACUUUGAUUUCAGGUUUUAAUAAGUUUUUAGUAUUUUUGUUAAAAUAAUGACAAAACAAAUUGUAAGAUUUUAUACUUUAUUUAUACUGGAUGAAACCCUGUACCACAGAUGUCCUGAGACAAAUACAGAGAGCAUACUUUCCAGAA